AUGAAGUGCCGUAACGUUGAAACGUGUAUUUAUCCAUUACAAAUAGCAAUAGGUGUAACGCUGUUUGUCCGCUGUUAAUUAUCUACAUCUGCUACACCGUAUCUUACCCUCGUUCGAUUUAAGUGUGCAUUAUUUCUUGUCUGAGUGUUAUUAUAUCGGGGGAAACGAGCGAAAAAAAUACCCUGUUCUUAAUAAAUUCUUAUUCUUUUCCUUCCUGGUAAUUUUAGUAUGAACUCAUCGUUCAUACCCAGCGAAACCAGCUUUCCUAAUUUCGACGAAACACCGUUCUUUUAACCGUAAACCGUUUAAUUUAAUGGACAUAGCGGUAUAAGUUGUUGAUUUACAUAUAUUCAAGCUGCCAAGUUUAAACGUGAAUUUCUCAUUUUAAUUUCGAAACGAUCGAUUCACAGACGUGGUAGACGAUCAGACACCAGCGUCUUCAUUCUGGACUCCAACGAUCAAGACGGGCAACAUUUUCACCGACGACAGCACUAAUUUUUUCCCCUCGAGUCACGGCUUGGUGCAGACCCAUCCGACUGGUAACGUAUUCCGGAGCGGUUUCGGCGGAAUCGACAAUCUUGGUAGUCGGGGGGUCACUGUCAGACCACCGAGGACGAGACCCCUCGACUACAGCGAACGAUCCACGGCCGAGUUACGACGAAAUCCGGCGCUCUCCUCGCCGGACGAGUGCGCCAGAGCUUGCCGGGAGAACGAACCUCCUAGGAUAUGCUAUUACCACUUCACCCUCGAGUACUACACCGUACUUGGAGCCGCGUGCCAAAUAUGCACCCCGAAUGCAACCAACGUCGUCUGGAGUGACUGCCAAUGCGUGUUAGCGGACGGCGUGGAACGAGGUAUUUUAACAGCGAACAGAAUGGUUCCCGGCCCAAGCAUUCAAGUUUGUCAAAAUGAUAAAGUCGUGGUCGACGUGGAGAAUCACAUCGAAGGUAUGGAAGUUACCAUUCAUUGGCACGGUGUAUGGCAAAGAGGAACCCAGUACUACGAUGGUGUACCAUUUGUAACGCAAUGCCCAAUACAAGAAGGCAGCACGUUCAGAUAUCAAUGGAUAGCUGGAAACGAAGGCACACAUUUCUGGCACGCUCACACAGGAUUGCAGAAAAUAGACGGUCUCUACGGAAGUAUCGUGAUACGUCAACCGCCGAGCAAAGAUCCCAACAGCAACCUUUACGAUUACGAUCUGACUACCCAUGUCAUCCUUAUUAGCGACUGGUUCCAUGAGAACGCGGCCGAGCGUUUCCCUGGUCGUCUAGCAGUUAACACCGGUCAAGCGCCUGAAAGUGUAUUGAUCAACGGAAAGGGACAAUUCAGGGAUCCAAACACCGGUUUCAUGACGAAUACACCUCUGGAGGUAUUCACCAUAACUCCCGGCCGCCGUUAUCGUUUCCGACUGAUCAACUCUUUCGGAUCGGUCUGUCCGUCGCAGAUCACGUUUGAAGGUCACACCCUUACCAUAAUCGCAACCGACGGCGAAGCAGUGCAACCGGUCUCCGUGGACACGAUCAUC